AUGACGCUGUCCAACACAGCAAUGCAGGAUGAAACUAAAACCCCGCAAGGCAGCAACAGGGCAAGCACAAGAUCACGUGACCAGUAUACCAGUAUACCAAGAAGAACGGACUGGUAUGAUGGUAUGAUCUACCAAAGGAAUAUACCAGAUGGAAGUUCUUUCCUUACUCGCGCUCAAUUCAUUCAUCCAAUACAACUCGUUACUAAGAUACUUACUCUGGGGGUCACUCUAGUAGGCGUUGCCUCUGACCUAGUCGUUGUUGUUAUUCUUACUUUGGAGAGCUUCUACUUAUUGUGUGUCCCUGCAAGACCCCUUUUACACUUGUGA